CUCUUCCAACUAAAGAACUAUUGCUUUAGAUCCUUGAAGCUUUGGGUCAAUAUUCCCCCCCUUGGGUGAGAAUAAGUUUCCCUACAUCUUUACCUAUUAACUCGCUUCGAUGUGCUCCACAAGAGACAUAUAUAGAGAGAGGCAUGACUAUAUUAUGUGGAUAGGUGGUUAAGGUGAUAGAAUCGAAUCUCGACAUUGCUAAGAGAAAGAAACCUUUUGUUAACAAAAUCAUCAUGUCUUCACCAGAACCAAUCUCGAUUGCCGUAAUAGGCAUGGGAUGCCGAUUCCCAGGGGGUGCCAGUAGCCCAGAGGAGUUAUGGUCGAUAGCUGCCGAAGGGAGACACGGCUGGUCCGAGGUCCCUUUGGACAGGUUCAACUGGUCCUCCUUCUAUCACCCCGAUACUGAGGUCAGUGGGACGACGAAUCAGAAGGGCGGCCACUUCCUGGAUCAGAGCCUUGCCGCGUUCGACGCCGGCUUUUUCGGGGUCCCGCCCCGCGAGGCAGAAGCUAUGGACCCGCAGCAGCGUGUCGUACUCGAGGCCGCAUGGGACGCCGUCGAGAAUGCCGGGAUACCGAUGGAGAAGCUGAGAGGCUCUGAUACUGCGGUUUUCGUGGCGAUGUUUGGUCAUGACUACGAGCACGCCACAACGAAGGACUCCCUGUUAUCUACGAAGUAUCAUAAUACAGGUGCGGCACGGCCGCUCCUGGCGAAUCGUGUUUCCUACGUCUUCGAUUUGCACGGGCCAUCCGCGACCCUCGACACUGGAUGCUCCGGCAGCUUGGUCGCGGUGAAUUCGGCCUGCCAGAGUCUCCGCUUAGGCGAGAGUGACAUGGCGCUAGCGGGAGGCGUUGCUAUGAUGUUCUCGCCUGACCAGUUGGCCAUGAUGGCUCCCACCGGCAUCUUUAACUCCGAGGGUCGGUGUUUCUCAUUCGAUAGCCGCGGAAAGGGAUACGGACGCGGAGAGGGUGUCGGUAUCGUGGCUCUCAAGCGUCUUGAUGAUGCGAUCCGCGAUGGAGACAAUGUUCGAGCAAUUAUUCGAAAUUCUGCGGCGAACCAGGAUGGCCGAACUAACGGCAUUACGCUUCCCAAUCAGUUCGCUCAGGAGCGUCUGGCAAGGAAGGUAUUUCAGGGGUUACCCUUCAGCCCAUCUGACGUGGAUUACGUCGAGGCACAUGGCACUGGAACGAAAGCUGGUGAUUUCGCAGAACUAAGCGCCAUCAGUAACGUCUUUGGUUCCGACCGAGCGCCGGGCCAUCCGGUAUACGUCGGCACUGGAAAGCCUAAUAUCGGGCAUUCCGAAGCAGCCAGCGGCUCUGCUGGUCUCAUCAAGACCAUAGUAGGAAUGGAAAAAGGCUUAAUACACCCUCAAAUCCUUCUUGAGAACUUCAAGCCACAGUUGAUACCAGUUCUUGGCAAAGUCAAGAUUGCUCGCUCGCUGGAGCCGUGGCCUUCGACAAAGGUCACAAGGAAAGCCGUGGUUAACUGCUUUGGGUCAGGAGGCACCAAUGUUAUGCUCGUCCUAGAGGCCCCAGAGAUAGCUCCACAAGGUCGUAUAAACGGAACGAACGGAAAUUCCAAUGGAACUACACACAACGGGUAUCAUAAUAACAACCACGCCCAGAAUGGCUCCGGCAACGGGACGGGUAAUGGUUCAACCCACUCAAAUGGCAGCAUCGGCGAAAGCAGACUGCGAUUGUUCCCCCUUUCCGCAAGAUCUGAAUAUUCGCUUAUCAAUGGAAUCGAUGAUUUAAAGUCAUACCUGGAGCGGAAGGCCCCAGUAGACUUGGACAACCUCUCAUAUACCUUAGCGAGCCGUAGAUCCGGCUUUCAGUGGCGUUGUUCCGUAGUCGCCGAAGACGUCGACUCUUUGGUCAAGGCACUCGAGACGAAAGAUCUCAAACCGGUUAAAGCUCCUGUUCAAGUUACGAAUGUCUUCGUCUUCACUGGCCAGGGGGCCCAGUACUUCCAGGUGGGAUACGCCUUGCUCGGGACGAAGAGCGAAUUCACUCGCUCGAUUCAUCAUUCGGAUGCGGUAUUGAGGAAGCUCGGCGCCACAUGGAGCCUAGUUGAAGAGUUAUCCAAGGACGAGGAUUCAACCCGCUUGAAUGACAGCAAGUUCGGCCAACCGGCGAGCACAGCCAUCCAAGUGGCUCUUGUCGACCUACUCAAAAGCUGGAGUGUGCUCCCUUCGGCUGUAAUAGGCCAUUCUAGCGGAGAAAUUGCCGCAGCAUAUGCUGCCGGAGCUAUUACCCACGAUGCCGCUGUCCGUGCUGCAUACGAGCGUAGUUUCCUCGCGGACGCAGCGAAGAAACAUCUUUCACAACAAGGAGCAAUGAUGGCUGUAGGCGCCGGGGAGGAGGAAGCCCUGCGUUAUAUCAAGAAACUUAUGUCUCCUGGAGUUGUCGUCGCCUGCAUUAAUAGCCCGUCAAGCACGACAGUGUCUGGUGACGCGGCGGGUAUCGAGGAACUCCAAGGCUUACUGCAGGCUCAAGGAAUAUUUGCCCGGCGCCUCAAGGUUGACACUGCUUACCAUUCUCACCAUAUGAAAGUCGUCAGUAACGAGUAUUUGGCACGCCUUAAAGGGCUUCAGUCAAGCUCCACGAGCUCUUCAGUCCGCUUCUUCUCGACCGUCACUUCACAGGAGAAGCACAAAGGGUUCGGCGCGUCAUAUUGGGUCGAUAAUUUGGUUUCCCAGGUACGAUUCUCAGACGCUCUUGAGCUCCUGGGCAAGGAAUUGUGCCAAGGGCCCUUGAACUUGAUCGAAAUAGGCCCACACAAGGCUUUAGCCGGGCCGAUUCGACAGUCUCUAGCCAGUUUACAGACCGGGGGUUUGCCAUACCGAUACAUACCAACCCUCGUGAGAGACCAGAAUAGCGUAACAGCAAUUCUGGACACAGGAGCAAGUCUAUUCAUUGCCGGAAGCGAAGUAGAUGUCGGCGCGGUUGCUUCCCUAGGUAUAUCUGACCCAUCGCCCAAGGUCCUCGGAGACUUGCCUCAUUACCACUGGAACCAUACCGUAGACUACUGGCGUGAGCCGCGGUUGAGCAAGGAGUACCGGUGCAGGCCGUACCCUCACCAUGACUUACUCGGUGUCAGAACGUUGACGUCCCCUGAUAGCGAGCCAAGCUGGCGUAUGAUUCUCACCGUCGACAGCUUACCGUGGCUGAAGGACCACGUCGUCGACAAUUUUGUCGUGUUCCCAGGCUCCGGAUACAUGGCUAUGGCCAUCGAAGGGCUCAAGCAGCUGAACAAAGACGCACAUCCAAACAUGGCCACCAAAGCAUAUCAUCUAAGGAAUAUUUCCUUCAAGAGAACGCUGUCGAUUCCUGACAAUCUAGCCGGCGUCGAGGUCAUGUUAAAUCUAAGCCAUUCGACUUCUAACGAGUACAGUUUCCGUGUUUCCUCAAUUGCGGGCGGAAAAUGGCAAGAACAUUGCGACGGCUACAUAUCCGCAGAGUUCGAGGCCGCGGUCGAUGAGGUCGAUCAGGAUCGCGAAGCAAGCUUCAGCGCCAAAUCCCACCUGGAAAAGUUCGAAGAUGCCGCCCGGUCGUGCGGCCACGUUGUACAGCACGCAGACAUAUACACGGAGUUGUCGUCUUUCGGUAACCAAUACGGCCCCAGCUUCGCCGCAGUUCACGAGACUCGGCUUGGGACAUUGCAAGCCUUGAGCAAGAUCACUUUGCCAGAUGUUGCUUCUCAGAUGCCGUCUCGAUUUAUGCAGCCGCACGUCAUCCACCCGAGCACUUUGGACGCGAUACUCCAUUCGUGCGUUCUGCUGUUCCAACGAGAAGCUCUGAGUCGUGGCUCAACUAUGCCUGUCUUCAUUGGAGAGGUCUCCAUCUCGACCGACAUGACCACUCAACCAGGCGCCCAGCUGCGAGCCGUGACGGACCUCCGGAACACAUAUUCUCAAUCUUCCAACUUUGAUGUCGUGGUAAUUCAGGAUGGUCCUAGCGGAAACCAGCAGCCGGUCGUGACCAUCUCUAACGGAGAGGUGCGCAUCGUGGGUGCCUCUCAAGAGGACUCGCAAACAUCUGGCGGCAACGCGUUCAAUGUCGAAUGGGGCCUAGAUGUUUCUUCCAUAACAGCUGAGGAUUUAGAAUCAGCCGUACUCCCCAUCAAGUCCAAUGGCAUACGAGUUGAGCUGGCUGAAAAAGCAGCUAUACUAGACUCGGCAUCUGCUCGCUACAUUGGCUGGGCUACGAAGAAGAUUCGCGAAGGUGGGUUGACAAUAAAAUCGGACUAUCGCGCCAGUUACUUCUCGUGGAUGGUCAGCUUCAUCGAGUCGAACAUUGGACGAAAGCUCAUCCAGAGGAUCCCCGACUCGGAGGCAGAGGUCGCUGAGCAGCUUGCCAGAGUUGGCGUCGAGGGCGAAAUGGUUAGAAGAAUUGGUACGAAGCUAGUAUCCAUCCUCACUGGGGAAGUCGACCCUUUGUCUGUUGUCCUCGAAGAUGAUCUGCUGUUCCGUGUCGAAAAGAGCAAUGAGAUCGCUCGCGUCAACCAGUACGUAGCCGAAUUCACGAGACGGUUGUCGUUCCAAAACAAGGAGAUCCGAGUCCUGGAAAUUGGCGCUGGCGCUGGCGCUGGAGGCGCCACGCUGCCAUUAUUACAGCUAUGCAGCCCGAACGGUGAGAGCUUUGCAUCAGAGUACACCGUCACCGAUGUGUCGAGCGAGCUUUUGAACAAAGUUCUCGAGGAACGCUUGAAGGAUUGGGGACACCUACUUACCUUCCGGACGCUGGAUAUAGAGAAAGAUCCUAUCGGGCAAGGCUUUGACCAACAUGGCUACGAUCUAAUCCUGGCUUCCGAUGUGCUUCGCGCAACGCCGUCGCUGAGCAAGUCGCUUGACCACAUCUCCCGGCUUCUCAAACCAGGCGGUAUCUUUGGUACGAUUGAAGCUACGAAGGCCACCCCUUGGCGGAGCUUGAUAUUCGGUCUACUUCCGGGGCGGCGGACAGACGCAGAUGAUGGCGGUGCCGCAAUUCCACCGAGGUCGGUCGAGCAAUGGAGCCAGCGUCUGCGAGAUGCUUCAUUCUCUGGCGUCAACCUGGUUGCACAUGGCUCGCCUGAGGCCGCCACCCAGCGUGCCUUCAUAACUUCGACUUCAGCUCCAGUAGUCACAACUAAUGGGCGUCACGCACACAGAGUUGAGAUACUUAACGCUAUACCAGAAGGGCACACUGGACAUAAGAGUCAAGCCGAUAUCAUCAAAAAUCUCUCGAAAUACGGCCUCGAGCCUUCUGCUCGCGAUUGGGAAAUUCGGUCGAUUGACGAGUCUGUCUCCUACGUCGUGUUGGACUCUGCCACUCGACCCCUUUUAGCCCACGCUACCCCAGAGCAGUUCGAUCACAUUGUCUCGCUGGUGUCAAAGGGCUCUAAAGUGUAUUGGAUCACCUUCGCAGACGGAUCGAACGGUCUCGUGCCGGACUUUGGUCUCGCCACCGGCUUCGCCCGUUCGGCCCUCAGCGAGAUCGAUAGCCUCAAGUUCUUCACUCUCAACGUUCAGGACAACUUAGACGACCAAGGAAGAGUUCUCUCACGUGUCUCCGACUUUGUCGCAUCGUCGGAGGCCAAGAUUGCCCGCGGGGAUACACUAGAAUUCGAGUACAUGUUGAAAGACGAAAAACUACACAUCCAGCGUUUGGCGUCGCACGUAGGGGUAAACAGAGCUCUGGCUUCCACAGACAAACCCGAACGCGAGGAUUGUCUAUUCCACCAGGAAGAGCGGCGCCUCAAGAUACAGAUUGAGAAGCCUGGUCUUCUCAGCAGCCUGACAUUUGUCGACGACAAGCUCGGCGAGCUUGGGCCCGACGAGGUGGAAGUUCAACCCUACGCCUGCGGUGUCAACUUCAAGGACGUCUUCGUCGCUUUAGGCCAAAUGACGGCUACCCAGACUAUGUGCGGCGAAUGUGCCGGCGUGGUGACCCGCGUCGGCUCGAACUUUGCGUCCACAUACAAGAUCGGCCAGCGAGUGGCCGCGAUCUCGGGGACGCCGUACGCCAGCCGGGCGCGGACGAACGGCCACCUAAUCUACCCGAUCCCAGAUUCGCUAUCCUUCACGGACGCAGCCACGGUCCCCGUCGCCUUCUCGACUGCCUACUACGGGCUCGUGGACUCCGCGAACCUCAGGCGCGGCCAGACGGUGCUGAUCCACGCAGCCUCCGGUGGCCUCGGGCAGGCCGCAGUCAUGAUCGCGCAGCAUAUCGGCGCCGAGAUCUUCGCCACCGUUGGGAGCGACGCGAAGCGCAGGGUUCUGAUCGAGAAAUACGGUAUCCCGGAGGACCACAUAUUCAGCAGCAGGACCCUGAGUUUCAAGGCCGGAGUGCUGCGCAAGACCGCCGGCAAGGGAGUCGAUGUCGUACUGAAUUCUCUUUCCGGGGAUGCUCUGCGCGCUACCUGGAAGUGCAUGGCCAGCAUGGGCACAUUUGUCGAGGUAGGCAAGACGGACAUCUACCAGCGCAGCCGACUGGACAUGGACGUGUUCGACCGCAACGUGCGCUUCGCCUCCGUCGACCUGAUCGUCCUAUCCAAGUGCCGGCCUCAGGACGCCCAGGGGCUGCUCAAGCGGGUCUUCGGCCACUUCGAAGCCGGCCACUACUCGCCGCUGCCGGUGACGCCGCUGCCCAUCGCCAACAUCGAGCAGGCGUUCCGCCUGAUCCAAGCCCGCAAGCACACCGGCAAGAUCGUUCUCGAAGCCGACGCCAGCUCCAUCGUCAGCGCCAGGGUCCGGCCGUUCCGCCUGCGCGACGACGGGACGUACGUUAUCGUAGGAGGCCUGGGGAAUCUUGGCCGUCACAUCUGCCGCCACCUGCAGCGACGCGGCGCGCGGCACCUCGUCCUCCUGUCGCGGCGCCGCUUCGAGCAGGGAGCGCGGGAAGCCCUCGAGGCUGCGCUGGUAGAAGUGCCCGGGUCGACCGUCAAGGUGGUCGCCUGCGAUAUCCUCGACGGUGCGGAAGUCUCGCGCGUCGCCGGUAUACUACGGGGAAGCCUUCCUCCCAUCCGAGGAGUCAUCCAGGCAGCGAUGGUGCUAGCAGACCGGACCCUCGCGCAGAUGAAGUGGGCCGACUUUGAAACCGCCAUGCGGCCCAAGUACGACGGGACGCGCAACGUGGCGGCGGCGUUCGCGGACGCGGCGCUCGAGUUCUUCGUGGCGCUGUCGUCGAUCGCGGGCAUCAUCGGGCUGCGGGGGCAGGCGAACUACGCGGCGGGCAACGCGUUCGAGGACAUGUUCGCGCAGGCGCACAGCGGCGGCGGCGACCGCACCCACUUCGUCUCGCUCAACCUGCCGCUCGUGGCCGAGAGCGCGGCCAAGACCGCCGAGGUCGUCGGCUUCGUCCAGCGCCAGGGCGUCCAGGUGCUGCCCGUCGCCGCCGUGCUGCCCCUGCUCGACUACGCCAUGGGCCGCGCCGCCGCCGACGGCGUGCGCCAGGUGGUGCUGGGCCUCGACGGCGCGUCGCUGGCGGCGCGCGGGGCGCACGGCGGGCGGGCCACGCCGCUGCUGGGCCACGUGUACGCGCGGGCGCGGCAGCUCGAGGGGGCGGGGGCGGGGGCCGGCGGCGACGGCGCCGCGGUCCCGGCGGAGAAGCUGGUGGCGCAGGCGCCGACGGCGGCCGCGGCCGAGCUGCUCGUGCUCGAGGCGACGCGCGACAAGGUGGCGGCGCUGCUCGGCGUCGAGCGCGAGGAGCUGCGGCUCGACGCGUCGGUCGCCGCGCUCGGCCUCGACUCGCUCGUCGCCAUCGAGCUCAAGAACUGGCUGGCCAAGACGCUGCGCGCCGCCGUCCAGACCUCCGACAUCACCGACGCGCCCAGCCUGCGCGCGCUCGCCGCCCUCGUCACCCGCUGGUCCGAGCUCGUCCCGCACGAACCGGUCGACGACGCUGCGGCCGACGGCGCGGCGCAGCCGGGCCAGGAGACUGCUGCUAUGGUGGUGGACGGGGACGGAGGGAUGUAG